AAGAGAUAGAUCGCGCAUUGAACUCUCUAUUUGAAGUUACCGGAAGAGACAAAAUAAGGAAGAGUCGAAUGAAAAUAUUUAUGUUUUUUUCUUAUGUUUAUACAGAAGUGAACGUUUUGAUGUAAAACAAACAUAUUACCUAGGUAUAAAUAGGACUUACUGGAUGUACUCAGAAUCAAUUGAUCCAAUCGGAAAUGUUGGUAAUGACGAUUUACUUCAAACUUCUUUUGGCAUUUAUGCCUGUUUUGCUGGUGUUGGGGCCAACAACUGCCUAUACGAUAGACAAAUAUGACAAGAACUUCGACGAUUCAUCCGAGGUUGAGGUCUUUGGAAAGUGCAGGGAAUCAACCCUGUUUCCCAUAGAUAUUAUGGCAAGGACAGUAAACCCAGUUUAUUUGAAACCAAACCCUCAUCCAUUGAAUUACAUUCCACCUAAGCCUAAGAAUGGUGGACGUCCAAAAAUAAUUCCAGAUUCGAAAACAUAUUUACCUCGAAGAGUGAGUUUUCCAUAUCCACGUAGGAUUUUUCCACAGACGCCAACGAAUUCGUACUUUUAUUCUUCCGAAGGACCCUUCUUCAGGAUUUGGAGAACACAAUGGUACACUUUCAAUUGAAAAUGAAGGUGUAAGGGAUGAAGCUAUCUCUUUGGUUUUUAUAGAGUUUCCAUCCGUUAGUUCAAUGAACUGAUGUAUGAUUUACUAAAUCUGUAAAUUUAAUGAAUAAAUGAUUCAAUAUCCCAAA